AUGAAGGCGACGGACGACAGGCCAGUUACACUGAAAUCAACCGAAGAGCUACUGGUCCCGAAUAUCGAUUUGGUUAUUUCCAUGCGCGACUUGGUGGGCCAAAUCGAUCCUCCUUCUUACCUGCGAAGUAUUUCCUUUUCAUCGCCGUCCACCCCUGCAUCAACGCAUGAGAUCAUGGGUGACCAACAUAAUAUUUCCCAGAUUCUGGCAGCCUUAGGGUCUCCUCGGGGAAUAGAUUCAAGACGAGACCCACGAUCGUACCAUCGUUCGCAAUCUCCACAAAGAAGUCCUUCACGAAUUACACGCGAUAUUUUCCGUGAUAAUUAUAACCCAUAUCGCGAUGAGCGUCGUACUGAUAGACGCGCUGGUCCGAAUGAGCGUGGUUAUACGCGGGAUCGUUCUUUCUCGCCUCGUCCAGCUGGGCGGGCACAGGAACCAUACUCUCCCCAAUCAUCACCGAGACAGUACUGGGGGACGGAUGACCGGCCUCCUCCCCAAGGUCGUAGACCGGGCAGUAUGGACGAUAAUGUUGAAACCAUAAGCGUUGAGUCUAGUUUGGUUGGCUUGAUCAUCGGUCGCCAAGGGGAGAGUUUGCGACGAAUUGAAUCAGAUACUGGAACGAGGAUACAGUUUCUGGAUAAUGCCGAUCCCAGCAGUUCAGUGAGACUUUGCAAGAUUACAGGAAGCAGGGUUGCGAGAGGAGAUGUGAAAGCGGAAAUUACGCGCAUUAUCAGCGAGAGCAGCGCGUCCCGAUCAGGCACUCGGACAGACCGCCCGGGCCAUAUGCCACCCAAAGCUACCAGUCAGUCUGCCCAGGACGAUGAAGAUGCCGUGCGGAUUAUGGUUCCUGACCGGACGGUCGGGCUUAUUAUUGGCCGUGGAGGCGAGACUAUCAGAGACCUCCAAGAGCGAAGCGGAUGUCAUGUGAACAUCGUAAAUGAGAAUAAAAGCAUCAACGGGCUUCGACCGGUCAAUCUGAUAGGGUCUCCUGAUGCUACGGAGAGAGCAAAAAAUCUGAUUCUCGAAAUUGUCGAGAGUGACACUCGACAGCUUGCGAACCCAACGCAGCGCGAACCACGCGCAGCAUAUGGAGGAGAUCAGCCUGGAGGUGGACCUGGCGGGGAGAAAAUCAACGAUAUGAUGUUUAUUCCACCAGAUGCGGUUGGGAUGAUUAUUGGAAAAGGUGGAGAUACAAUUAAAGAAAUGCAGGCCGUUACUGGUUGUAGAAUCAACAUUCAGUCACCGGUAGGCCGUGAUGCUGAUCGGGAAGUAACUUUGGUUGGGAGCAGGGGUGCGAUCGAGGAGGCAAAGAGGAUGAUCAUGGAGAAGAUCGACAGCGCAGAAUACAAAGCUCGUUCUCAACAACCUCAGCGACGAGAUGACUCGUAUGGUGACCGAUAUGCAAGACCGCAGCAGCGCCAGGGCCAGCAGUACUACCAGGACUACCAGGAUCAGAACAGAACAGCCGCACAGCCCCUCACUCAGCAACAUCCCCCUCAGCCUGGUGCGGAGGAGGACCCCUAUGCUCAAUGGGGAGGUUACCAGAACUAUAUUGCAUGGUGGUAUGCGGCCAUGCAACAGCAGGCACAGCAGCAACAGACGGGACAAGCUCCACCCGGCCAGUCUGAACCUCCUGGCCCUCCUGGGGUCCCAUAA